AUGAGUUCUUCAGCGCAUUCCUCUGUGACAGAGCCCAUGAAUCAGCCUCAACAUGCAGGACCUUGUGAGGAAUAUUUGUCAAGUUUCCAAUACCUGCUGCACUCUGUGGCGAUGUUAAUGGGACACGCUGAGCAAGCUGAGGCCAUGGGCAUUUCAUCUCCUCCAAACAUCCUUGUGAGGGAACAGAGGUUGUCCUCUGAGCACCGAGUCACUACACUUAACCAAGGCCGAAGAAAACGCUCAAAAAACUUCAGUGAAUUUGAGAAGACCCUUUUUAAACCAAUUGUCUCAAACUAUCCUGUAAUUGAAAACAAACAGCAUGAUUCAGGUACAGAAAACAAGAAGGCGGCAUGGAUUUCCAAAUUGAAUGAAUUAAACUCAAAUGAAAAAGUAACCAAACGGACACUCCAACAAGUUCAGGUCCUGUGGAAAAACAUAAAAAUAAACCUGAAAAAAACAACUGCUGCUACGCGUCAAGAGCGUUUCAAGACAGGUGGGGGACUCCCAGUUCCACCAGACACAGAGGAGUUGGGGGACUUGUUGGCUGGGAUUAUUGAAAGUCAGCAACCCCUGGAAGGUAUUCCAGAUGAUGACCAUUUGGACAGUUCAGAUGACCUGAUCUUGACACAGGACUUGGGGGGCGCAGGGAACAGUCAAGAUGCUCAAAUGAAUCCAGCCGCAGCCAGCACCAACAUGCAGCAGCAUCCAGUCUCCUGCAGUAGCAUUAGUCAGCAUCCAGCAGUCUCUAAUCCAGGCAGCAGGUCAAGAGGGAAAAGGAUGACCAUUCAUGAGAAACUUGCCAUAGAGUUCCAUGAACGUAAAUUACAAUAUUUAAAAGAAGAACAUGAAGUCAAAAUGAAAAAUCUUCAUCUUGAGUUGUCUAUGAAAGAGAGAGACAUGAAGCAGCAGCAGUGUCAAUUGUCCUUAGAACAAAAUCUCAGUUAAAUUAUUUCCUGAAUU